UACAAACAAUUAACAUUACGUAAAAUCUAACAUUAUAUAUUUUUCUUUGUAGUGUUGAGUGGGAGAUGAUAGGUAUGGUUGGUUCCUUAAAGCAUUAUUUAUUGGUCACUUAAUUUAGUAUUGUUGGUGAGCUAAGCUAAAUAUAUUUUAAAUUUAAUAAGUAAAAUGCUUGUUGACUUUAAACUUAAAACUAAGAAUGAGGUCAGCUAUUAUUCAAAUGCAUAUGUCGUUUGUUUAUGAAUCCUUAUCACUUACUAUGUUGUCUUUUUCAUGUUGUGUGUAGACUUUUAGAAAUUUAUCAUAUGAUAUAACAAUAAUAAUAAGAUCUAAGUUAACAGCUUUUGUCAUAAACAAAAAUGAAAAUUAUGUAAUUUGUUGGUGACAUAUUCAUACAACUUUUACAGUCCAUUGAGCCAGUAAUUUGCUUCUAUAAUCAUUGUUCUUCAUCCUCAUUCCCUAGCUUCAACAUGGCUGCUGAGAUGGUUGCUGGCGCUUUGCUCUCUGCUUCACUUCAGGUUUUGUUUCAACGAUUGGCCUCCGAGGAGAUACCCCGGCUGUUUCAGGGGAAGAAGCUGAUUUUAGAGCAGCUAGAUGAGUUGAACAUUGUGUUGUUGUCUGCUCAUGCACUACUCAACGAUGCUGAGGAGAAGCAACUUCAAAACCCGGAGGUCAAGAUGUGGCUUUUCAAUCUUCAAGAUGUGAUCUAUCAAGCCGAUGACUUGGUGGAUAGGAUCGAUUAUGAAGCUCUGCGAUCCAAGCUUGGAGAUGAUGAAUCCAGCAGCUCCUCGAGCAAGGUAUUUAAAAAAUUUAAAUCUCGGUUACCUUUCUUGUCCCAAUUUGAUGAAUCUGUUAGGCUUGACACCGUGGAGAUCCUUCGUAAGUUAAAGAUUCUCGUUGAUCAAAAGGAUGCUCUUGGCUUGAGAGAAGGUGCUCAAAACAAACUUUCUCAAAGGCCACCAGCUCCUUUAGUAGAACAAGCUGAUGUUUAUGGGAGGGCUGCUGAAAAAGAACUCAUUGUUGAUCUAUUGUUGAAAGAUGAUGUUGAUGGUGGUAAUAAGAUUUCUGUCAUCCCGAUUGUAGGGAUGGGAGGCGUGGGAAAAACAACACUUGCUCAACUUGUUUAUGAUGAUGAUCGAGUUCAAAAAUAUUUUCAGAUAAAAGUAUGGAUUACUGUUUCGGAUGAGUUUGAUAUUUCUAGGAUAACGAAAGAAAUAUAUGAGGGGGUCAUUUCCUACAAAUGUCAUAUUGAGAACUCGGAAGAAAUUCGGAGGAGAUUGAAGAAAGAAUUGAAGGGAAAAAAAUUUCUCUUUGUUCAUGAUGAUGUUUGGAAUGAGUCUUAUUCUCAGUGGGACACUUUGAAAAGUUGUUUCAACUCUGGGGCAAAUGGAAGUAAAAUUAUAGUGACUACAAGAAGCACAAUUGUAGCCAACACUAUGGCAACUUGCAAGAUUCAUCAACUACAAACUUUAAUGAAUGAAGAUUGUUGGAAAUUAUUUGUCAAACAUGCUUUUGGAAACAAGGUUGAUCUCAAUGAAAACCAAGACCUUCAAGUAAUUGGAAGGAAAAUAGUGGAUAAGUGCAAAGGCCUUCCGUUAGCAAUAAAAUCUCUAGGUGGAUUGUUGCGUUCCGAACGAGAUUCUAAAAAAUGGGAAGACAUACUUAAGAGUGACACAUGGGAGGAGUUGUACAAGAAAGAGGGUUCUAUUCUUCCAGCUUUAUGGUUGAGCUAUCGUCACUUACCUGCACAUUUGAAACGAUGUUUUGUGUAUUGUUCUAUUUUUCCUAAAGAUUAUGAGUUUGAUGGAAAAGGCUUGAUUUUGUUGUGGAUGGCAGAAGGUUUUUUGGAGACUGAUAAAAAAUAUAAAAAGAUGGAGGAGCUUGGAGAGGAAUACCUUCAAGAUCUUUUAUCAAGGUCAUUCUUUCAACAUUCAAGUUAUAAGAAAGAAUCCUUUCUCCAAAUGCAUGACAUGGUACAUGAUUUAGCUAUGUUUGCAUCAUCUGGUUUUUGUUUUAGGAUGGAUAAGAGUAAUGAUUUACUUGGCCUUUCAACAAAGAUUCGUCAUUUAUCAUAUAUGAAGACCGAGAAAUACGAUGCUAGAACUCUCAAGUGCUUAAGUGAAGCUAAUUGUUUGCGUACCUUUCUAGCAUUACCAUUCGAACAAGACUCUGUAGAUAACUUUCUACCGUAUGAUAUGUUGCUUUCCGCAGGAAGUUGUUUAAGAGUACUUUCUUUAAACAACUCUUCUAUCACGAAGCUCCCCGAUUCAAUUGGCAAUUUAAAGCAUUUAAGGUACUUGGACUUGUCUUGCACUGCAAUUGAAGAGUUAAACAAUUCAAUUUGUACUUUGUACAAUUUGCAGACUUUAUUGCUGUUAAAUUGUUACAAACUUUCUCAAUUACCGAAGAAAAUGGGAAGCUUAAUCAACUUGCGAUACCUGGAGAUUGAUGGUGUGCCUUUGAAAGAGAUACCAGAAGAUAUUAGUAAUAUGAAACACUUGCAAUUCUUAUCUAAUGUGAUUUUGAGUGACAAAAAUAGUGGUGGAUUUAAAAUGAAAAGUGUAGCAAAGCUUGCAAAUUUACGUUGCAUUUCAGGGUUAGAAAAUGUCAACAAUGCAACAGAAGCUUCAGAAGCUAAUUUGAAGGAUAAGAAGGGCCUUUCAAUUCUAACUUUGAUUUGGAAUGCUAAUGGUAGUGUGGCUGAUAGUUCGCAAAAAGAAAAGGAUAUACUCGAUGCACUUCAACCUCACACAAACUUGGAGCAUCUCGGGAUUGAAAAUUAUAGAGGUACAAUAUUCUCAGACUGGAUUGGAAACUCUUCAAUUUCUAAUUUAGUAUUCAUCAGCUUAUUCAACUGUAAAAGUUGUUACACUUUACCACCACUAGGACAGCUAAAGUUUCUCAAAGAUCUCUUCAUUUUUGGAUGUGAUAGUGUGAUUUUAAUAGGUGAUGAGAUUCAUGACAAGGACCCUCUAUUUCGUUGUCUAGAAAGGUUAAGGAUUGAAGGUAUGUUGGAGUGGAAAGAUUGGUCAUUUAGUAGUGAAGUUGUGCAAGAAGGUCAAAUAUUCCCUCUUCUUAAAACACUUGUCAUACAUAAUUGCCCAAAGCUUAAUGUUGUCUUACCUUGUUAUCUUCCAUCCUUGGAAUCUCUUCGUAUCUUGAGUUGCGAACAAUCAGUGGUUUUGCUUCCAAGAACUCAACAAGCUGUCAUAGCCCCUCCCUCUCUUGUCUAUGUAAGAAUAAGUAAUUGUCCAGUGUUGGAAUCGCUUCUAGACUUGACAUCACACUCGAAAGUAAGGAGUCUUCAUCUAAAUUACUCCAAGACGUCUUUCCAGAACUGUAAGAAAUGGGAUCUGCAUAGACUCUCUAGUUUGAAAGUCUUAACUAUCAAAGAUUGGGAAGAUGACUUCUUUCCCGAGGAGGGACUCCUUCCGACCACUCUGAAUAGACUCGAGAUUUGGUAUUCUAGUAAACUUGAAACCCUUAAUGGAAAGGCCUUUCAACAGCUUACCUCCCUUACAACCUUAGAUAUUAGUAACUGUGAAAGGCUGCGGUGCUUGCCCGAAGAAGGGCUGCCUACUUCCCUUUCUUAUUUAUACAUAUUUGAAUGUCCUUUGCUAAAUCAACGCUGUGAGAAAGGAGGAGAAGAUUGGCCUAAGAUUCAACACAUCACAGAAGUGUGGUUAGAUCAUGAGCUUAUCAAUUAAAUUCCCAAAUCAUGUACAGACAGCCAAAGAUGCCCUCUAACAGUAUCAGUUAUCACAAAUGAUGGGCUGAGUGCAAUAUUGUGGUAACAUGAACAACAUUACAACUCCAUGCCAUGCCAAUUAACUCAGAAUAGACAUGAAAUUGUGAUCAAUAUUUGUUUCGUUGUUCAAGGAGUUUCGGAAAGGCUUUCACCAGGCUAGAAAGGUUUUUAUCUUUCUUGAUGAAUCUCAUGAACGAAGGUGUUCCGCGACACUAGUGUUGCAUUGUAAGGAUGAUGAUUUUCGCCCCAAAAGAUUUUACAAAGAAUGUUGGUUGUAGCGGUUCUUGCUGAAGCGCUCGCUGCUGUGCAAAUGCGUUCUUGUCGGCUCGGUUGUGUAAAGGUGUGUGAGGUGGUUGUUAGGGAGAGAGAUUGAGCUGUGGCAUGUGAUGUCAAUAGGAAGAGUAGAUGCAGCUGCAGCAUGAGUUGUUCAACAUCAUUAGCAUGAGUUGUGGCAUGUAAUGACAAGCUUUGAGUUUCAGCUCAGAUAACAAAAUGGCUCCUAUGUAAUUUGUAUGCUUCUUAUCAUAUGGUUGUUUGUUCCA